AUGUCACAACCACUGACCCCACCUACACCAUACACGUACACACGCACACGCAGCUACAAUCUCAGGCAGUCGCAGCUAAACAGCCUACCAAAUCCACAGCAGAAUCCAUUGGCAAGCUUGUCUGCCGCAUUCCUUUACUCGCUCUUCAGUUGUCCACUGCACGCCACUACGCUGGACGCACCAAGCUUGGACAAUUUCAUAGCGUACGCCAUGUACCGGACACAGCUGAGUGGCGAUAUCUGCUUAUCUGCGUUAGUGCUGUUGCACAGGCUAAAGAGACGCUUCCCCAACGCCACUGGGAGCGCUGGCCAGCGACUGUAUCUCGCAGCGCUGAUGAUAUCAAGCAAGGUUAACAACGACGACACCUUCGCCAAUAGCUCGUGGCAUAUCGUGGCCAGAGGGCAGUUUACACUCCAGGAGAUCAACCAGAUGGAGAGAGAACUAUUUGCACACCUCGGCUAUCACGUUACAGUGGGUGAAGGCGAGAUUGAGACGCUCAGCAGCCAUCUAGAAUCGUUCCAGAGUACUCUGUACCGCACCCCGCCAUCAACGCCAGCUUCAGUCUCUUUCAAGAGGCAAAAACUGGAGCAUGGCUGUGCUCCUGCUGGCACAUAUCCCUCUCCUCCACCGACGCCGAUUAGGCAGAGCGUUUACUCGACACACGCAAAACCAUUCACUCAACUCGAGUCACGGCCACUCGUUCGAUCUUAA